CCCAGUCCCCCUCUGUCUCCACUCCCCACCCGCGUAGCCCGCUCCCCCUCUCCCUCUCUCCCCCUCGGCUCGGCUGUAUUUGGAGCUCCCGGAAGCUGCCGGCGACUCUCCCCGGGAGCAGCGUGACUGACACCGACUCGGUUCUGGCGGGAGGAGGGCCCGGGAGGAGGGCCCGGGAGGAGGGGAGCGGGAGGAGGGCGCGAGUGGCCGCGCACGGAUUUGCAUUGCGGAGGACGGGAGCCCCGGGCGCCCCAGCAGAAUGGCGGAGAUGCAUGGGCUGAUAGAAAGACUGGAGCGAGCUGUCUGCCGCCUGGAGCUGCUGGCUGUCGGGUCCCACCAGCCUCCUGGGAACUGUGGGGAGAUCAAUGGUGUCAUUGGAGGUGUGGCACCCUCAGUGGAAGCCUUUGAUAAGCUGAUGAACAGCAUGGUGGCUGAGUUCCUAAAGAAGAGUAAGGUCCUUGCUGGGGACGUGGAGACUCAUGCAGAAAUGGUGCAGAGCGCAUUCCAGGCCCAGCGGGCUUUCCUUCUAAUGGCCUCUCAGUAUCAACAGCCCCAAGAGAAUGACGUGGCCGUGCUUCUGAAACCAAUAUCGGAAAAGAUUCAGGAGAUCCAGACUUUCAGAGAGAAAAACCGGGGCAGUGAAAUGUUCAAUCAUCUCUCGGCCGUCAGUGAGAGCAUCCCUGCCCUUGGCUGGAUAGCUGUGUCCCCCAAACCCGGUCCUUAUGUCAAGGAGAUGAAUGACGCUGCCACCUUUUACACUAACAGGGUCUUGAAGGACUACAAGCACAGUGACUUACGCCACGUGGACUGGGUGAAAUCCUAUCUAAACAUUUGGAGCGAGCUUCAAGCCUACAUCAAGGAACACCACACCACCGGCCUUACCUGGAGCAAAACAGGCACUCGGGAAACGGCCUGCAAACCUUACAGAAAGAAAAUGGCUGCCUAUGGACUCCGACACGUCACAGAUGACCAGAAGACACACAAGAACCCCAGUCUGCGGGCGCAAAGUGGACAGACUACAUCUCCAUCCAAAAGCCGCUCUGCAGGCCCCCUGUGUCCCCAGUCUCAGCCUCCUCAGAAACACACUCCUGUGUUGGAGUUGGAAGGAAAGAAAUGGAGAGUAGAGUACCAAGAGGACAGGAACGACCUUGUGAUUGCAGAGACUGAGCUGAAACAAGUGGCUUACAUUUUCAAAUGCAACAAGUCUACUCUGCAGAUAAAAGGGAAAGUCAAUUCCAUUACAAUAGAUAACUGUAAGAAGUUCGCACUUGUGUUUGACAAUGUGGUGGGUAUUGUGGAAGUGAUCAACUCCAAGGAUAUUCAGAUGCAGGUAAUGGGGAAGGUGCCAACAAUUUCUAUCAAUAAGACAGAAGGUUGCCACAUAUACCUCAGUGAAGACGCUCUGGACUGUGAGAUUGUGAGUGCCAAGUCAUCGGAAAUGAAUAUUCUUAUCCCUCAGGAUGGGGAUUACAGGGAAUUUCCUGUUCCUGAGCAGUUCAAGACGACUUGGGAUGGAUCAAAGCUGGUCACGGAACCUGCCGAAAUUAUGGCCUAAGCUCCAGAGAGAAGGAACCCCCUGCCCUGAAUCUCCCCUUCCCACACUCACAAAAACAAGCAGCAUUAAAGACCUAGAAGUUGCAGGAACACAUACUGCUUUAAUUUUGGCCUCCAGCAAUUACAGAAACAGCAUCAUUUCUGGCAUGCUUUCGUGAGCAUUUUGAAAUUUAAUGUUUCCUCAUCACUUGCUUUUAUGUGUGAUUCGAGUCCCAUGUGACAACUCGUGAGCAUUCUACAUUGAAGGGGGAUAAAGAACUCUGUACCCUUUAUAUCAUUAAUAGUCCUGAUAGGUAAAAAUAGUGCAUGAAUCACUUUUACCUUUAGGUGUGACUGCUGAUUCACUUUUAUAUUGAUGUUUACUUACUAGUGAAAAAUAAAGCCUUGGAGAAUCUAAGAUGUACAUUUUUACCUUUAAGAAAACUGCACAAUGAUAUCGUUGUAGUAUUAUGCUCUGAAAAGUACACGAUAUUAUUUUUUCUUAUUUUUUCUCACAUGUUCACCUUAAUCAGCAUGGACCCACUGGCAGCAUGAAUAAGUGAAUAUUCCAAUCCAUGUUUUAAAAAAUAUAUAAGAAAAUUACAUAUGAAGGCUUGUACUAAGUUUCUUGGUCCUUGGAAACCUGUGCACUUUGCAGUUAUUAAAAAUCUAAACUAAAAAAAUGACUUAUCGUAAAAACUUUUCCACCAUGUCACUUGGAAAACUUACUUUAUUGCAUAAAGGUUUUCAUGCCAAAAGAUUGGUGGAAGCAGUUUUUUGUUGCCUGGUUUCUUUGCUAUGGAAGACUCACAGUUUUGCUCUAACCUAAAAGUCAAUUUGUUUUCCAAUUUUUGAAGCUGUUAAGUAUCAGAUGCCUUGUACAUGACGGUGUUAACGUCUUAUUUUAGGCUACUUUCUUCUAUUCUACUUGCUGGACUUGCUUAUCAGUCUCAGAAAUGAACAUGAAAAAGCCAUAGAUGUAUUGUGUCCUGUAAAAACCUACAGAACUAUUUGUUGGUUAGGCUUGCUGAUCCUAUUUUUGUAGUAUUAAUAGGAAUGCUUUUCCAACAUAAGAUAACUAUGUUACUCCUUUGUAUCUUAAAGUAUCUAGUGCUGAAAAAUCUGCAACUUCUUGGAUGACAUGUAAUGAAUUUUAGUAUAAUACUUGCAGG